AUGAAACAAAAGAGCAAAAAGAAACUCAUUGCUGACUUCGACACUGUUUCAUUAUAUCCUUCAGCUAUAGCAAGACUUUAUACUUUAGAAGGUAUUCCAAAAGUAUUGAAGGAAGAAAUGUUAAGCACAGAGUAUCUCAUGAGACAUUUAUUCGAUGAUGACCAAAAGGAACCCAUUGGUGAAAAGUUUAUGUCUGGCUUCUUUGUUCUCAUUAAGAUAACAGAGAUUGGUAUACCCAGACACUUUCAUUUAAUAGUUUGCGACCCUGAACUAAAUCCAGAACUUAACGUUCCAAGAAGUUCAAACACUUGCUGUCUCAUGUAUGUUGACCAUAUAACAUUACAAGACCUCAUAAAAUAUCAAUGUGUCAAAUGUGAAGUGUUGCAAGGAUACUAUUACGAUGGAAACAGAGAUAUGAGAAUAAGAGAUGAAGUAAAGAAGUUGUUUGAGUUAAGGUUAAAGUAUAAGAAAGAAGGAAACCCCUUACAAGAAAUUAUAAAACUCAUUCUGAACAGCAUUUAUGGCAAAACUAUUCUAUCUCCUAUUGAGUCAAAAAUAACCAUAGUAAAUGACAAAGAUGCUAUAAGAUAUGCUAUAAGAAAUUACAACCAUAUAGUGAAGUUCGAAGGUUUGGAUGGUUCAGAUAAAACUAUUUUCAAGCUAACGAAAAGCAUUUGCAGACACUUUAACUUCUGUCCACUUGGUGUUAAUAUUCUGUCUAUGUCAAAACGUAUUAUGAAUGAAGUAUUCUGUACUGCUGAAGAUAUGGGUCUUCAAAUCUUUUACCAGGAUACCGACAGUAUGCACUUAUAUAAUGAAGACAUACCAAAGCUUGCAGCAGAGUUUAAGAAGAGAUAUGGUCGCGAACUUAUAGGAAAGAACCUUGGUCAAUUUCAUAGCGACUUUGCAGAAAUAACACCUGGAAAACAAAGUUUAGCUUAUAAAAGUAUUUUCUGUGGAAAGAAGACCUACAUAGACUUACUCACUAACGAUUUAAAUGAA